AUGGCCCCAGUGGCCACCGCGUUCUCACAAUGGCGCUCGCCGCCGCCAGCUACGACUCUUGCUCUCGACCCCAUUGACCUGCACCACAACUCGUCGUCCCCUGGACCCGAUGCAAAUGUCGACCUGCUGCACCCCAGCUUCCUCCCGCCAUGCGAGCAUGGUAACAAGGAGGGUGAGAUGCACGCCCAUGCCUUUGAUCUCCUGUCGCUUGCUGGUGGUCGUUCGUCAUCGGCCAAGGGUGGAAGCGGGGUGGAACCUCAGUCUGUCCCUGCGACGUCUUAUCUGUCCACCACACGUCCCCCUGCCAAUGCAGGGUCCAAUGGUGCUGCCACCACUGGCGCUCCCCCUGCAACAACCAAGGCUCGUCGCAUGAGCUCGUCGACUACUGGCGUUCUUGGUCGUGGCAAGUUGGGUCUCACUGGCGACUCGGGUCUUACUGCUGCUCAGGCCACCCGCCCCAGCCUCGUCACGCACAACACGACUGGCUCUCCUAUCCCUGCUGGCCGUCGUCUGUCCAACGCCGCCCUCACUGGUACCUCGCCCCAGCUCUUUGACUUUACCAAGACGGACCGUCGUCCCACAUCGUCUCGUACCAACUCGAGGUCGGGAGCUAUUGCCGCGUCCCUCCCCUCGCGUGGCAUCGCCGGUGCUGCUGGGCGUAUGCAGCCUCCUCCUGCGAUCCAGCCGCAGACCGACGACAUGGAGCUUGACAUGGCCUUUGAUGGCGACGACGACGACGAGCGUUCGGGCGGCCGAAGCGGCAGCGCCGAGCUCGACAUGGACAUGGACGGCGAUGGCGAGAUUAGCAUGACCGAGCCUGAUUGGGAGAAGCUGGCCCUCGGGACCGGGUCCGGCGGUAUCAAGGGCAGGAGAAAGGGCAUGGUGUUCAAGUGCGAAAACUGCGCAAAAGAGUACCGUCACCCUUCAUGCCUGAUCAAGCAUCGCUGGGAGCACAGUCCGCACUGGCGCGAGCCAACGCAGAUCUCGAUGAGCAAGCACCAGCAGGUGCAGAUGCUCGAGGCUGCGGCUAUUCUUGCACACCUCGACCCUACCAGCAACCAGGGCCGCUCGCUGCCGACCGACAAGUCGCUCUGGCCGGCCAUCCUUUCGCCUGCUGGCGAGACUGUUCCGCUUCCCGGCUCGGCGCGUUCCCGUGCUCGUGACCUUCCCGGCCUGCGCUCGCCAAGUUCCAACGCCGCGCCUCUCACUCCAUCGUCUCUGCGCGAGGUGGCCAACUUUGGCAGCAAGCCCCGCAAGUCGAGUCCCGGGUCGGACUCGACCUCGUCGCUCGGUGGUGGUUCCGAGGCCUUUACCAGUGGCUCUCCCAACCCCAACGGUCUCGGCUUCAAGCCCAACGGCAACUCGCACACGCGUGCCAUGGGCAUCAACGACCCGGGCCGUCGCAACUCGUCCAUCUCGUCGGGCCCAGGCCCCACGACGCCGCACUCGCUCGGCUCGCUCCCUGACAUGAACGGCCUGCACUUCCACGGCUCGACCCCGACGGGAACCAGCCCCAUCCCCAACCGCGGCGGCAUGCUCAGCCUCACGGCCCGUGCCAGCAUGAUUGGCGGCGGCAUGUUUGGCUCCCGCUCGGGCUUCAAGGUGCCCGACUCGGGCCUGCGUGGCGGCGUGGCCGAGGACGACGAGGACGACCUCGAGUACGGCCUCGGCGGCCACCGCGGCAAGAGCUCGUCCGAGGAGGCCGACGCCCGCCGGCGCGACGACGAGACCGGGUUUGAAAUUGACGACAUGGAGCUCUAG